GCCGGGCCGAAGGGGGGAGGGAGGCAGGGAAGAGGAGGAAGAGGCCGUUGCCCCAGGGAAGCGCCUCCCCCCCUCCCUCUCUCUUGCUCUUUUCCCCCGUUUCAAAGGCCGCCGGGCAGCGCUCGGGCUGUUUUGACGUGACCACGGGAGGCAGCCCUCAAACGAGCCCUCGGGGGAAGGUGAAAUCCUUUUAUUGUUUACACCCGAAGACACAUAGGGAAACAUGUCUUACUUCAUUAAAAGAGUUCCAAAUUAUAGAUCUGCCAGUCAUCUUCACAAUGUCAGAAGAUUAUUAAUUAAAAAACAAGUGCUAAGUGGUUCUAAAGCCUUUGGUGGACAGAAAAUGAGAAUACAGGCGUUUUCUCAGGUCAGUUUUGAAAACACAGACUCUUUCAGUUAUGUGAUAGUUGGAGCCGGGUCUGCAGGGUGCGUCUUGGCCAACCGGUUGACCGAAGAUCCUCACAGCACUGUUAAACUGCUGGAAGCAGGGCCAAAAGAUACUAUUUUAAAUAGCAAACUAUUACUGUGGAAGAUUCAUAUGCCUGCUGCCUUGACCUACAAUCUGUGUGAUGAGAAUUAUAACUGGUAUUACCAUACCACACCACAAAAGCACUUGGAUAACCGCAUCAUGUACUGGCCCAGAGGAAGAGUGUGGGGCGGAUCUUCCUCUCUCAAUGCCAUGGUUUACAUCAGAGGCCAUGCGGAAGAUUAUAACAGGUGGAGUAAGGCAGGGGCUGUUGGUUGGGACUAUGAGUUCUGUUUGCCGUACUUUAAAAAAGCACAGACACAUGAAUUGGGUGCUGACCUUUAUCGAGGUGGGAAUGGCCCACUCCAUGUUUCGAGGGGCAAAACCCAAAACCCCCUUCAUCACGCAUUCUUGGAUGCGGCCCAACAAGCUGGGUACCCUUUCACAGAGGAUAUGAAUGGUUUUCAGCAAGAAGGUUUUGGCUGGAUGGACUUGACAAUACACAAAGGUCAGAGAUGGAACACGGCUAGUGCCUACCUUCGCCCUGCGUUAUCACGUCCAAACUUGUCUGCAGAAGACAGUACAUUUGUAACAAAAAUUUUGUUUGAAGGCACCAAAGCCAUUGGCAUUGAAUAUAUUAAAAAUGGAGAAAAGAAAAAGGUUUUUGCUAGCAAGGAGGUCAUUUUAAGUGGGGGUGCCAUAAAUUCUCCACAGCUACUUAUGCUCUCUGGAAUUGGAAAUGCAGAUGAUCUCAAAAAAUUAGGAAUCCCUGUUGUAUGUCACCUUCCAGGAGUGGGACAGAACCUUCAAGAUCAUUUAGAAAUAUAUGUGCAACAGAAGUGCACUCAGCCGAUAACACUGUAUAGGGCCCAAAAGCCUCUUCAAAUGAUCAAGAUUGGCAUUGAAUGGUUCUUGAAAAGUACAGGUAAGGGAGCCACUUCUCACUUGGAAACUGGUGGAUUUAUUAGAAGUCGGCCAGGAGUUUCUCACCCAGAUAUUCAGUUCCACUUCCUCCCUUCUCAGGUCAUUGACCAUGGACGUGUUGAUUCCCAGAUGGAGGCUUACCAGGUCCAUAUUGGUCCCAUGCGAAGUACCAGUGUGGGAUGGCUAAAGCUGAAAAGUGCUGACCCCAGAGAGCAUCCUAUCCUUGAACCAAACUAUUUGUCUACAGAAAUUGAUAUCUGGGAAUUUCGGCAGUGUGUGAGGUUGGCUAGAGAGAUCUUUGCUCAGAAAGCCUUUGAUAAAUUCCGUGGGCCUGAAAUUCAGCCAGGAGACCAUGUUCAGUCUGAUGAAGAAAUGGAUGCUUUCAUACGAAAAAAGGCAGACAGUGCCUAUCAUCCUUCCUGCACUUGUAAAAUGGGACAGAGUUCUGAUACGACUGCUGUAGUGGAUCCCCAGACCAAAGUUAUAGGAACAGAAAACCUCAGAGUGGUUGAUGCUUCAAUAAUGCCUAGUAUUGUCAGUGGCAAUUUAAAUGCCCCAACUAUAAUGUUAUCAGAGAAAGCUGCUGAUAUAAUCAAGGGUGUGCCCUCCCUGCAAGAGAAGAAUGUGCCUGUCUAUAAACCCCAAACUCUGGAAACCCAGCGCUAACUACCACCUGUUUUGUGUCCAGGAUGCAGACGUUUCUCACAGUAUACAAAUCGUGUCCUUAUCUUUGCUUUGAGAAUAAAUAUAAAAAGCUCUUCCUAAUUUCAUAGCCACUAAUAAGUUUUAUUUGGCAUACACUUUUGUGGCCUGCAGUCCACCUCUUCAGAGACCUUAUUAGUGUUUGUUCUUCUGUAGAGUCCUGUAGCUUUGUUAUCUUUUUGUCUUUUUUAUGUUACCUGCUUUUAUAAUAAUAAAUCCAAAGCCACUUCCAGUUGCAGUCGACUAAA